AUGGCAGCUAAGCCACCCUUGAAGGUAGUCAUAGACUUGUGCCUCACAGAAAGGCCCCUGGAUGAAUUCCAGGUCCACUUGUUCCUGUGGGUCACACAGAGAAGGGACAUGGUACACCUGUGUUGCGAGAGGCUGAAGAUCUGUGGGAAACCCACCCACCACACCAGGAAGGUCCUGAGACUGCUGCAGCUGGACUCUGUCCAGAAGGUGGAAGUGCACUGCACCUGGACGCCCUCCACCUUGGCUGCUUGUGCUCCUUUCUUGGGCCAGAUGAGGAACCUGAGGAUGCUGCUGGUCUCCCAGGUCCGCGUGCCUGCCCACACCUCCCCAGAGGAGCAGGAGCGGCUGCUGGCCCAGCUCACCUCGCAGUUCCUCAGGAUGCACUGCCUGCGGAAGUUCCAUGUGGAUGCUGUCCUCCUCCUCAAGGGCCACCUGGAGCAGGUGCUGGGGCACCCGAAGACCCCCCUGAAGACUCUCUCAAUAACCAACUGCCGGCUGUCAGAUUCUGACUGGAAUUAUCUUUCCCGAUUUCCAAACACCAGACAGCUCAGACACCUGGAACUGAGGGGCAUAAAACUGACCAAUUUCAGUCCAGAGCCCCUCAAAAUUCUGCUGGAGACUGUUGCAGCCACCCUGAAGAGCCUGGACUUGGAAACUUGCAGGAUGACUGACUCCCAGCUCCAGGCCCUGCUGCCUGUCCUGAGACGCUGCUCCCAGAUCAGGGUUUUGAGCUUCCAUGGGAACCGCAUCUCCAUGUCAGCCUUAAGGGACCUGCUGCUUCACACUUCCAGGCUGAGCCAGAUGAGCAUAGAGCUGUACCCUGCCCCUCUAGAGAGCUAUGAUGCCCAGG